GAAGCGUUUGUCCUCUGUUGUCAAUAUGUUUUGUCUUAGGCUGAAGCAUGUCAAUCGACCUCGAGAAGCCUGCGACGCCUAUUAGCCGCCUCGAAGAAGGUCCGGCUGAAAAACACAUCGUCGAGGACCACGGCGACCGCGAAUUAGUUGCGGCAUAUGACAGUCCGUUCAAUCUUCCGAGAUGGCGGAAAUGGGUCAUUACCACGCUUCUGGCGUUGAUGACCACGGCCGUCACGUUUGCGAGCUCGGUGUGGUCGGCCACUAUCACCGUAACGUCAAAGGAGUUCAACGUCAGUGAAACAGUGUCACUCCUGGGGGUGUCGCUUUAUGUGUUGGGAUUUGCUCUGGGUCCUAUUGUUUGGGGUCCCUUGUCGGAAUUUAAAGGACGUCGGUUACCACUCUUUUCUGCCUUCUUCGUGUGGACACUCCUCCAAAUACCGAUCGGGGUGGUCAAGAAUCUCCCUGCACUUCUUGUAUGUCGCCUGUUAGCGGGCUGCUUCGGAGCAUCGCCUCAGGUCCUGGUCGGCGCCACCUACGCUGAUUUUUGGGAGCCAGCAGAACGUGGCGUCGCCACGGCCGUCUACUCGGUAGCUGUCUAUGUCGGGCCUACUCUUGGCCCUAUCUUUGGUGCCCUCAUCACCGAGAGCAGCCUCGGUUGGCACUGGACAGGCUGGGUGUCCCUCAUCCUUGGCGUUGUUGUUGGAAUUCCAGCAUUCCUCUUCGUCCCCGAGACAUAUGGCCCAACCCUCCAGGAAAGAGCAAACAAGAAACUCAACUUGGCUCAAGAUUCGUCAGCAUCGACCACACAAAAACUCAAGCAAAAGCCAGCAUUUUCGGAAUUCGUCCGCAAGUACAUGUUCAAGCCUGCAAUCAUGUUCUGUGUCGAGCCAAUGCUGAUGGUCAUGGCGUUGUAUAUCGCCAUCGUCUAUGGGAUUCUCUAUCUGACCUUCUUCGCAUUUCCGUACAGCUUCGUUCAAGGCCGAGGUUGGGAUCCCCGUACCGGGACACUCCCGUUUCUGAGCAUCCUAACAAGUGUGAUCGUAUCUUCGUACGGGGUUGCGGUGUAUUCGAAACGAUAUUACCGUCCCAGGCUACGGGCUCGAGGCUCGGUCUUGCCCGAGGACCGCUUACCAUUGGUCAUGCUCGGUAGCCUCAUUCUGCCAAUCGGCCUCUUCUUCUUUGCCUGGACUUCAUCACGCAACAUCUCCCCAGUCCCGCAAAUCAUCGCUGGGUUCUUCAUCGGGAGUGGCAUCAUGCUCAUUUUCACCAACGCCGUGGCGUUUCUGGUGGACAUCUACCUUCAGUCCGCUGCCAGUGCGAUGGCGGCAAGCACAAUCGUAAGGAGUUUGGUGGCGGCCGGGUUUCCGUUGGCGGCAUCACGCAUGUACAGAUCUUUGGGCACAGCAUGGGCUACGAGCGUUCUCGGCUUUCUGUGCGUGUUGGCCAUCCCCGCUCCGUUUCUCUUCUACAGAUAUGGGCGGAAGCUGCGCCAGAUGUCGCGGUUUGCUCCAACGCCAGAGUAGCUUGCCCUGCGUGACACAAUGCAUGCAGACAGACGAUGAUUACACCGCACCCCUCCCAGAGGUGACGGUUUCAACAGCUUCCAGCCGCUUUCCACGCCAAAGUUUGGUUCUUCCAAUGACGAGACCGGCGCACGCCCUAAUACCAGCUAAACUACUUUUGUCGGGAUAGAUGAGGUACGCCGCAGAAAUGACUGCUAGGACAUCAUCCCGAAAGCAACUUGGCGCGGAAGAUAAGCUUUGGGCAACAAAUUGUCCCAUUCACGGGUCGCUGGAAGGUAUAUUGUUUCUUCGGAAGCCUAGAAUGGUUUUGCUUCCGAGUAUAUAUACCUCUUCCUCCACCUGUGUCCGGGUUUACCUCCAUCUACGCCGAUGGACCUGAUUCUUGUCAGGCAUGCCCGAUAUAUCAGAGAGCAUCCGAGACGCAUGCGUAUAUCCCCCAAGUUGGGCGCUACCCUAUGGCGAUUCAAUUGAAUCACAUUCGUCUUUCUGUCGCCGGCUUACACACACCCUUUCCGUGGCGUUCCUUCAGCAGAUAGGUACUUUAACUUUCGAGAAGCGGAAGGAGACUCCAGAUAUCACUCAAGAAGCUGUCUGGAUCCAUUCAGUGGCGCUGUGUACCCUUGGAGAAAUAGAAAAUUAGCUGGUAGCCAAGAGGUAGGGCGGAUUCAAGGAGUCGUGCCAUCAUCAAACUCGGACUCGAAUCGUUCGACAUGCGUAUAUCCCAAUCAAUCCGGCAUCUACUAUAGACACAGGCUCCUAUGAAACACCACUCAUUGGAAAUCCAGCUC